GCCCUGACUCCUCCCUCAGUACUGCCUGGUGUCCACACAUCCCUCCUCUACUCCUCCUCAAAACAAAUGUCUCUUCCUAACUAAACCAUCUCCCAGUUUCAUCAUAAAGCCAAAGCAAGGAGCAGCUUUUAACUUCAAAUAAGAAUGCCCUUUGGAGGAGGAAAUAAAUGUGGCUGCUGCCAGAAAACCGUCUACUUUGCUGAGGAGGUGCAGUGUGAAGGGAAGAGCUGGCAUAAAUCCUGUUUUCUGUGCAUGGUCUGCAAGAAAAAUUUAGACAGCACAACAGUGGCUGUUCAUGUGGACGAGAUCUACUGCAAAUCCUGCUAUGGCAAGAAGUAUGGGCCAAAAGGCUACGGCUAUGGAGGGGGAGCAGGAACGCUGAAUAUGGACACAGGAGAAGGCCUUGGAAUCAAGCCUGAAGCACAAGCUCCUCACCGUCCAACAAGUAACCCCAACUCCUCCAAGUUUGCCCAGAAAGCAGCAGGCUCAGACGUCUGUCCUCGAUGUGGGAAGACGGUGUAUGCAGCAGAGAAGGUUGUCGGAGGAGGCAAUUCAUGGCACAAAGGCUGCUUCCGCUGUGCCAAGUGUGGUAAAGGCCUGGAGUCCACGACUCUCGCUGACAGGGAUGGAGAGAUCUACUGCAAAGGUUGCUAUGCAAAGAACUUUGGUCCCAAGGGCUUUGGCUUUGGUCAAGGAGCUGGAGCUCUGGCUCACUCUCAGUGAGGCCUGAGGCCUGAGCCCAUGUGGGGCUUGCAUCUGGUGCUAUCGCAGCUUCCAGGCUCCUUCAGUCAAUAGCUGACCUUUCCUUCUAGCUACAGGCAGUUCACAGCAAUGCUUGAAACAUGCAGCUUUUGCCAGACGGGUGUGAUGCUUUAAAGUCUGGUCUGCAGAUGCAAAACAGUUAAGCACUUAGUGUGUUUGGAUGACCUCAUUGUCUUCAUUUCUCAUGUAAUGAGCUAGCUUUAAAAAUGAUGUAAUUGAGAUGUGAGGAAAAUAAAAACAGUUUUUUAAUGUCUAAAAAUACAAACGACCAUAGAAUCUUUUCAUGUUCUAAAAUGAUGUUUUAUGCUAAAGCUCAUCCUUAAAUAUUGUACAUAUUAUCUCUUUUUUUCUGCAAAUAAAAUAAACACCAGAAAAUCAUGAUUCUGUCUCUGUUGCAUCAUGAAGACUGAUAUCUAUCUGUUUCCCUGUCAUUAAAUGGUUCUGAAACCACG